AUGGCGUUGCUUGUCAAGAUCUUGCGUGCCGUCAUUCGCAAUGAGGCGAUGAAGGAGGACCCAGACCAGAUCUACAACUGGCGUGUCUUUGCUCUUGUUUUCUCUUCGUGCUUUGGCGGUAUGCUCUUUGGCUGGGACACCGGCGCCAUCAGCGGUGUCCUGGCUAUGGACGGCACCAAGAAGAAGUUUGGCUACUUUGACAAAUCCAAGGCCGAGACUUCCCUCAUGGAGCAGAACAUCGUCUCUACCCUCCAGGCCGGGUGCUUCUUCGCCUGCUUCCUCACCGGUUGGCUCACAGAGAAGUACGGCCGCCGCUGGAUGCUGAUCGGCACGGGUGCCUUCACUACCGUCGGUGUAAUCUUCCAGACAGCCUCCGCCAUCCACGGCGAUAUUGCUGUCAUGUAUGUUGGCCGCUUCCUUGCAGGCAUGGGAGUGGGUGCUGCUUCCACUUUGACGCCACUCUACGUUUCUGAAUGUGCUCCUCGCGCUAUUCGGGGUGCUCUGACGACAUUCUACCAGCUCUUCAUCGUAACGGGAAUCAUGAUCUCCUAUUGGGUCAAUUACGGUUGCCUUCUGCACGUAUCGGCUCCUGCCAUCUACAUGGUACCGCUCGCGCUCCAGGCCACUCCGGCAAUGAAGGAUGACUGGGAGCGUGCCACGUCCAUCAUCAGCCGCCUGCGCAAUCUUCCGGCCGACCACGACUACGUUCGUACAGAGCUUCAGGACAUGGCGCAACAAUUGGAGCACGAACGACAACUCACUGGUGACGCGACGGCCAAGACCCUGAUGAAGGAAAUGAUCCAGAUCCCCGGUAACAGGAAGCGAGCCCUCAUCACCGUCGCGCUCAUGGUAUGCCAGCAAAUGACCGGAACCAAUGCCAUUAACUACUACGCACCCCAAAUCUUUAAGAACCUUGGUAUGACUGGCACAGACACGGGACUUUUCGCUACCGGUGUGUACGGCAUUGUCAAGUUCACAGGAUGCUUCCUAUUCCUUGUCUUUGUGGUCGAUUCGCUCGGCCGACGUAGGAGCUUGCUGUGGACGAGCAUUGCUCAAGGUCUUGUCAUGUACCUGAUUGGCAUCUACGGCCGAACCCAGCCCCCGUUGAGGGACAACCCGUUCUUCCAAUUCGGAUGGGGCCCCGUUUGCUGGAUCCUUGUUUCGGAAAUCCCAACCGCCCCUGUGCUUACCAUGCAAAACACCAUGGGCAAGGCAGGCUUCGGCAUGUUCUUCAUGUUCGGCUCCUUUGACCUCCUCAUGUUCAUCUUUGUCUGGUUCUUCAUCCCCGAGACCAAGGGAAUCAGCCUGGAGAAGAUGGACGAGUUGUUUGGUGUUGUCGAGGCCAAUCGAAAGAUGGCCGACGAGGACGCCGAGGCACGGCCCGCCAGUAUCCACAACGCGCCCGAGAAGAAAUAG